CUCAAAAUAAAAAUGUUUUUGGCUCGAAUAGUAACGGUUCCGUUUUUAUGCUUUAAUUGCUUCUACUGCGCAUCGUAUGCCCAUUAUUUGGCCCCAGGAAUUCGACAACAUCUCGCUUCUCAUACCGACGUCUUCCACUGGCCAAAAGCUUCAUCACCAAAUUGCUCAAACUUGCCUGCCGAUAACCGUUCAAUUGAGUCACAAACUUGCACCAAACACCACUUAUGUGUUACCAUUUCUCCAAAUAUUCGCAGUAAGCUGAACAAUUGUAUAUCCCGUAACAAGCAUUUCUGUACUUCGGGUACUGUUAUGCUUUUGUCGUUUAGAUGUCAUUUGGUAUCGUCAACACGGGAAUUACCUAUGGAUUACAUAGUGUGUGUUUGCGAAGGAAACUACUGCAAUAACCAAAAGCAGCACCCAUUUAUAAGGCCAAAAUCCUUAUACACAGUUCUGACAAAUGGUCUGUCAUUUAAAUUCUUAAAAUCUUAUAGUCUUGAAAACCAGUUGAUUGAUGGCCUGUCAUAG